GUAACAGGAAGCUUCUUACCAGGCAUUACAGAAGCACAAGCCACAACAGCAGUAAACAGCACUGAAUCAGCUAACGCCACCAGCGCAUCAUCAAACGCCACCAGCGCAUCGUCAAACGCCACCAGUGCAUCAUCAAACGCCACCAGUGCAUCGGCAAACACCACCAGCGCAUCGUCAAACGCCUCCAGCGCAAUGGCAAACGCCACCAGCGCAUCGUCAAACGCCACCAGCGCAUCGGCAAACACCACCAGUGCACCCGCACCAGCUAACUCCACCAGUGCAUCAGCAAACGCCACCACCACCACAGCUCCCCCACUGGCAUUUAACGACACCGUGACAACUCUAAAUGAAACUAUUUCAAAUGCAGAGUGUCGGAAAAAACAACUCUGUGCGGCUUUGCCCGAUGGGUGUGACCCCUCCACAACAGGAUCGUGUUACUUUCUUUCUGCCCAGUCGCAAAGUGGUCUGAACUAUGGUUUUGGGCUCUCAGGAAUCUCAAAAGGCUACAUCGCUGCCAUCUUGGCAACUACCGCCUCACCAGGAAAUAACGAGUCCACCUACAUCUGUGCAAACAACAACGGUAAAGUUAAAUUCUUCAGCGCUCUCCUCCAGAGUGAUGGCACGCUGGUGAAGCAGAAUCUGAAUGUCAACUCUGUGAAGGGCAGUGUCAAUGGAGACAAAAUCCAGUGCAGCUUUGUGGCCACUGUACCAGCCUCAGCUGCUAGAGCAACAGCAACCUCUUUGUCAAUGGGAGUCGCCAAUGGAACUUAUAACAGCGCUAAUGGUGAUUUGGGACCAGCCAAAUCCCAAGUGAGGACCGCUCCGGUGGACCUGUCAAAUCCUAACGCCACUGUCACGUAUACGAAUUCCACUACUGCUAACACCACCGCUUCCCCCAGUACUACUUCUAACCAUGCCAUAGCACUCCAUCAAUCACUGAUGCAAGGUAAGCAUAAGACAUAAGGUGUUUUUUAUGGAUAACUGAAACUAUAGUAUCUUUUAAUGAAACUGGCCGCAGACAAGUCCGACAUGUGG